GCGACUACUUCCGCCCUCCUAGUGCAGUAGUCCCGACGCUGCCCGACGCGUCGCCGUGGGCGACGUGCCCGCUUCCAAAAUGGCGACGGCGGCGGCUGUGUAUGGUGCGCUUGGCCGGGCGGGCUGGAAGCUUCUGCAGCUGCGGUGCCUGCCCGUGACCUGUUGCCGACCAGCCCUGGUGCCACGUGCCUUCCAUGCUUCAGCUGUGGGGCUAAGGUCUUCAGAUGAGCAGAAGCAGCAGCCUCCCCCUUCAUUUUCUCAGCAGCAUUCUGAAACACAGGGGGCAGAAAAACCUGAUCCAGAGUCUUCUCAUCCACCCCCCAGGUAUACAGACCAGGGCGGCGAGGAGGAGGAAGGCUAUGAAAGUGAGGAGCAGCUGCAGGACCGCAUCCUGACGGCAGCCCUGGAGUUUGUGCCCACUCACGGGUGGACAGCAGAGGCGAUUGCAGAAGGAGCCCAGUCUCUGGGUCUCUCCAGUGCAGCAGCCAGCAUGUUUGGGAAGGAUGGCAGUGAACUAAUACUGCAUUUUGUGACCGAGUGCAAUGCCCGGCUCACACGCGUGCUGGAAGAGGAGCAGAAGCUGGUACAGUUGGGCCAGGCAGAGAAGAAGAAGACAGACCAGUUCCUGAGGGAUGCAGUGGAAACCAGACUGAGAAUGCUGAUCCCAUACAUUGAGCACUGGCCCCGGGCCCUCAGCAUCCUCAUGCUCCCUCACAACAUCCCGUCCAGCCUGAGCCUGCUCACCAGCAUGGUGGAUGACAUGUGGCAUUACGCUGGGGACCAGUCCACUGAUUUUAACUGGUACACCCGCCGAGCCAUGCUGGCUGGCAUCUACAACACGACAGAGCUGGUGAUGAUGCAGGACUCCUCUCCAGACUUUGAGGACACCUGGCGCUUCCUGGAAAACCGGAUUAAUGAUGCAAUGAACAUGGGCCACACUGCCAAGCAGGUAAAGUCCACAGGAGAGGCACUGGUGCAAGGACUCAUGGGUGCCGCGGUGACGGAGAUAUCACUGACUCCUGGGACCCUGGUAUAUCAAGUCUCUGUAUCAUAGCUGCACCUGCCACCUUGCAAACCUGAAUCUUGGCCAGCUCAAGAACUUGGCAGGUCUAAACCAGCGUCGGUGAGAGGAAAGGGUGUAAGCUACAAUGCCUAGAAGAGAAUGAGUGGACAGAUUGAAAGAGCUUUGAAAAGUAUGAGGUGCCAUCCAUGUAACCUGGUGUUCAUGAGAACACACUAAAGGACUCCUGAGACACUACCACCGCCACCUGGAAACCACAAGGCAUUUGAUGCUACCGUUCUGGUCAGGGAUUGGGCCGCUUCUUCAGUUCCUAAUACCAGACCAAGCCUCCUGAUGCCUUUCUGCACUGCAAUUGUGUGAUUGAAAAAUGAGAUGUGCAUCCAAGCAAUCAAGCCACAGAAACCGAGCAUGUCCCUUUCACGAUCUCAUGGGCACCUUGAUCAUGUCUUAACCUUCCAUUAACCUUGGGGCUCCCAAGCCAGAGUCAAGGUGAUGCAUGCCUCAUGCCACCUCAAAGUGACAGCUCAUCCCCAGCACAGCACAGGUGUGUGCACACAGAGGUGUUCCUUGCACCCCCGCCCUCUCAGGUGUCCUGAGAUGCUACUCCUGGGAAACCCCUCAGAAAACUGCCUCACCUGAGACAAGUGCCUGCUGGACAGAGGUGUGAUCCCAGGCCUGGUGUCAUAUGACACCAGCAUGCAUCACAGGAUUAUUAGUGUAUUUUGAGUCUAAAAAUAAUAAAUACGUUUGAAGUAGUUUCC